AGCCCGGCGAGCGGUGCCGGGAGUGCGGUCUCCAUGGCAGUGCUGGGCGCAGCCGGAGUUUGUGCAGGUGGCUGAGCCUCACGCCCACACGCCUUGGGGCAUCCAGAAGAUCCCCGACGGGUCAAGAACCAGAGGAAGAAGAGAUCUGCAAGUCUGGGCAUGGGGGCCAGAGCUCCCCAGCCAACCUCAUAGUUGGCAAAGCAGCCAGCUUGCCUCCCCAAGUCAACCACAGGGGUACUUCAGGAAGGGCCCCACUCAGUAUGGAGGUUGAGGACCACUUCUGCUGAGCCCCAACCUCUUCCCCUGCCCUCCACACCUGACCUUAGCUGGGUCAGUUAUGCAAUGCUGAGCAUCAGGGUGGGCCGAGGGGCUGCCUGCCUCGCUACAGGGCAAGGACUGUGGGCAUCAUGUGUGUGAGUGGGGCUCCUGGGUGAGGCCCAGCCCCCACCCCCCAGGAGUUCAAAGGGGGUGGGGGGCUGAGAACAGGAUGGCUCGGGGCGGGGCGGGGGCAGAAGAAGCCUCCCUGCGCUCCAAUGCGCUGUCCUGGCUGGCCUGUGGGCUCCUGGCCCUGCUGGCCAACGCCUGGAUAAUCCUCAGCAUCUCUGCCAAGCAGCAGAAGCACAAGCCACUGGAGUUGCUGCUCUGCUUCCUGGCGGGCACGCACAUACUCAUGGCGGCUGUGCCCCUCACCACCUUCGCUGUGGUGCAGCUCAGGCGCCAGGCUUCCUCUGACUAUGACUGGAAUGAGAGCAUCUGCAAGGUCUUUGUGUCCACCUACUACACCCUGGCCCUGGCCACCUGCUUCACAGUUGCCUCACUCUCCUACCAUCGCAUGUGGAUGGUGCGUUGGCCUGUCAACUACCGCCUCAGCAAUGCCAAGAAGCAGGCGCUGCAUGCUGUCAUGGGCAUCUGGAUGGUCAGCUUCAUCCUCUCCACACUGCCCUCCAUUGGCUGGCACAACAACGGUGAGCGCUACUACGCCCGAGGCUGCCAGUUCAUAGUCUCCAAGAUUGGCCUCGGCUUUGGCGUCUGCUUCAGCCUCUUGCUACUUGGGGGCAUUGUCAUGGGGUUGGUCUGUGUGGCCAUUACCUUCUACCAGACGCUGUGGGCCAGGCCCCGGAGGGCAAGGCAGGCCCGGAGAGCAGUGGGUAUUGGUGGGGCCAAGGGGAGUGGGCCAGGGGGCUUGGUGACACGGCCAGCCUUUGAGGUGCCAGCCAUUGUGGUGGAAGAUGCCCAAGGGAAGCGGCGGUCCUCGCUGGAUGGCUCCGAAUCGGCCAAGACAUCCCUGCAGGUCACCAACUUGGUCAGCGCCAUCGUCUUUCUCUAUGACUCACUCACAGGGGUGCCCAUCUUGGUGGUGAGCUUCUUCUCCCUGAAGUCGGACUCGGCUCCGCCGUGGAUGGUGCUGGCCGUGCUGUGGUGCUCCAUGGCACAGACGCUGCUGCUGCCCUCCUUCAUCUGGUCCUGCGAGCGCUACCGCGCGGACGUGCGCACGGUGUGGGAGCAGUGCGUGGCUAUCAUGUCCGAGGAGGAUGGCGAAGACGAUGGGGGCUGUGAUGACUAUGCAGAUGGCCGCGUGUGCAAAGUUCGAUUUGAUGCCAAUGGGGCCACAGGACCAGGGGACCCCACCCAGGUGAAGUUGCUGCCUGGGAGGCACAUGCUCUUUCCCCCUCUUGAGAGGGUCCACUACUUACAGGUCCCUCUGUCCCGCCGUCUGUCCCACGACGAGACCAAUAUCUUCUCUACUCCGCGGGCACCGGGUUCCUUCCUGCACAAGUGGUCAUCCUCGGAUGACAUCCGGGUCCUCCCAGCCCACAGCCAUGCCCUGGGAGGCCCUCCUGCGUACCUGGGACAAAGACAAAGGCUAGAGGAUGAGGAGGACGAGGAGGAGGCUGACGGUGGAGGGCUAGCCAGCCUUCGACAGUUCCUGGAGGGUGGCAUUCUGGGGUCAGGUGGGGGACCCCCACAGGGGCCUGGCUUCUUCCGGGAGGAGAUCACCACCUUCAUUGAUGAGACACCUCUGCCUUCUCCCACUGCCUCUCCUCCCUGGCCUCGGCCACUGGGCCUCUCACCCCGCCGACUCUCCCUGGGGUCCCCUGAUAAUAGAGCCAUUGGACUUCCUUUGGGGUUGAGUGCGGGGAGACGCUGCUCCCUGACAGGAGGGGAGGAGAGUGGAAGAGCUUGGGGAGGCUCCUGGGGUCCAGGUAACCCCAUCUUCCCCCAGCUGACCCUGUGAGCCCAAGUGGGCCUGGUGGACUCAGAGGAGGGGGCUGGGUAGGUAACGCCUCCUUCCGGCCCUGAGCCUAGGGCAGCUGCCUCCAGACUCCAGGGAGAUGGGCACUGGAUCUGGGGUCCUGGGGCCCCUGCUGUCUCCCAUCCAGGUAACCAGAUGCCCUACUCACCUUCUAUCACCCCUAGUGAAAUCUAUUAAAGUCUGAAG